GUAGCUCUUAGAAAUCACUAUGGUGACAGGGAGGUUGGGAGGCUUCUUGGUAACUGGUCCCAGCUCUGUGGGAAUAAUCGCCACUGCUUUCCUGCAACUUAAGUGAAUGCAAUCAAGUGGCAUUUUAAAAUUCUGCUGAAAGUGGAGACAUGAGACUGAAGAUAUCUCUUUUAAAAGAACCAAAACAUCAAGAAUUAGUCAGCUGUGUGGGCUGGACUACUGCUGAAGAACUGUAUUCAUGUAGUGAUGACCACCAGAUAGUGAAGUGGAACUUGUUAACAAGUGAAACAAGUCAGAUAGUAAAGCUUCCUGAUGAUAUUUACCCAAUAGAUCUUCACUGGUUUCCAAAAAGUUUAGGCAUAAAGAAGCAAACUCAAGCAGAAAGCUUUGUCCUUACAAGUUCUGAUGGUAAAUUUCAUCUGAUUUCUAAGUUAGGAAGAGUGGAAAAAAGUGUAGAAGCUCACUGUGGAGCAGUUCUUGCAGGAAGAUGGAAUUAUGAAGGAACAGCAUUAGUUACAGCUGGAGAAGAUGGACAAAUAAAAAUCUGGUCAAAGACUGGGAUGCUAAGAUCAACUUUAGCUCAGCAAGGAACACCAGUAUAUUCAGUAGUGUGGGGCCCUGAUUCAGAAAAGGUUCUUUACACAGCAGGCAAGCAGCUGAUCAUUAAACCUCUUCAACCAAAUGCUAAAGUUUUACAGUGGAAAGCUCAUGAUGGCAUUAUUUUAAAAGUAGAUUGGAACUCUGUCAAUGAUCUAAUUUUAUCUGCUGGUGAGGAUUGUAAAUAUAAGGUAUGGGAUAGUUAUGGCCGUCCUCUGUACAAUUCACAACCUCAUGAGCAUCCUAUUACCUCAGUUGCCUGGGCUCCAGAUGGAGAAUUAUUCGCUGUUGGAUCGUUUCAUACUUUACGCUUGUGUGAUAAAACUGGGUGGUCAUAUGCUUUGGAAAAGCCCAACACUGGCAGUAUAUUUAACAUCGCGUGGUCAAUUGAUGGCACUCAGAUCGCUGGAGCCUGUGGAAAUGGGCAUGUUGUUUUUGCACAUGUGGUGGAGCAGCGUUGGGAGUGGAAAAAUUUUCAAGUAACAUUAACUAAACGAAGGACCAUGCAGGUUCGUAACGUUCUUAAUGAUGCAGUGGAUUUACUGGAAUUCCGUGAUAGAGUCAUUAAAGCAUCUUUGAACUAUGCACACUUAGUUGUUUCAACAUCUCUUCAAUGUUAUGUGUUCUCUACGAAGAACUGGAAUACACCUCUUAUAUUUGAUCUAAAAGAAGGAACUGUUAGUUUAAUUCUGCAGGCAGAAAGACAUUUUCUUCUUGUAGAUGGUGGUGGUAUCUAUUUAUAUUCUUAUGAAGGCCGGUUCAUUUCUUCUCCAAAAUUUCCUGGAAUGAGAACAGAUAUUCUGAAUGCACAGACUGUAUCUCUGAGUAAUGAUACCAUAGCAAUAAAAGACAAAGCUGAUGAAAAAAUAAUCUUCCUUUUUGAGGCAUCAACUGGAAAACCAUUAGGUGACGGGAAGCUUCUUUCUCAUAAGAAUGAAAUUUUGGAAAUUGCUCUGGAUCAAAAAGGACUUACCAAUGACAGAAAAAUUGCCUUCAUUGAUAAAAAUAGAGAUCUCUAUAUCACCUCAGUGAAACGAUUUGGGAAGGAAGAACAAAUUAUCAAACUUGGAACAAUGGUGCAUACUUUGGCAUGGAGUGAUACAUGCAAUAUCCUUUGUGGACUUCAGGAUACUCGAUUUACAGUGUGGUACUACCCCAAUACAGUUUAUGUCGACAGAGACAUUUUGCCUAAAACGUUAUAUGAAAGGGAUGCAAGUGAAUUUAGUAAAAAUCCCCAUAUUGUGAGUUUUGUUGGAAAUCAGGUAACUAUAAGAAGAGCUGAUGGCUCACUGAUUCACAUCAGCAUAUCACCAUAUCCUGGUAUUCUCCAUGAAUAUGUAAGCAGUUCAAAAUGGGAAGAUGGUGUAAGACUUUGUCGUUUUGUUAAGGAGCAAACCAUGUGGGCUUGCCUAGCUGCUAUGGCAGUUGCUAAUAGAGAUAUGACUACCGCAGAAAUAGCCUAUGCAGCAAUUGGUGAAAUUGAUAAGGUUCAGUACAUCAAUUCUAUAAAAGAUCUUCCAUCUAAAGAAUCAAAAGUGGCUCACAUACUAAUGUUUAGUGGGAACAUACAGGAGGCUGAAAUGGUACUUCUUCAGGCUGGCCUUGUUUAUCAAGCGAUCCAGAUCAAUAUUAAUCUCUAUAACUGGGAAAGGGCACUUGAAUUGGCUGUAAAAUAUAAAACACACGUUGAUACAGUUCUUGCUUACCGGCAAAAGUUUUUGGAGACAUUUGGUAAACAGGAAACUAAUAAACGGUAUUUGCAGUAUGCAGAAGGUCUCCAAAUAGAUUGGGAGAAAAUCAAAGCCAAAAUUGAGAUGGAAAUUACCAAAGAACGAGAGCAAUCAUCAAGCAGCCAGUCCAGCAAGCAUAUAGGUCUAAAGCACUAAAUUCCUUGCUUACCAUUAAGAAAUUUUACCUUUUGAAAUAUUCUGAUUAACCAAGGAUAAUUGUAUUUUUAUUGCUAAAGAAAAAGGCAGAAUCUUUAAGUAUAAGUACUUGCUGUGUAUUUACCACUAAAAAUACAUUCAGAAAGACUAAGCACAAAAUAAUUGAUGCAGUUUCAUCUUUUAUAUGGUUUAGUCCAAUAAUUAGCAAAAUAUUCUCAUAUACUUAUGAUACACCUAUGUAGUAUUGCUUACAUUCCAGUUUUUGUCCAUUAUUUUAUCCCUGAAUCAUCAGCAUGAACAAAUAUUAAUGCUCAUAAUAAAACAUUGGACCCUUUAAAAUGUA